CUUGUAAUGGCUUAUUAACAAUUUGCUUUUUUUUAGUUAGCGGAAUGAGUUUUUUGAUGCUUUUAGAUAAUGUCUGGUGCGUCUGGUUCAUCAGGAAGCGGCACGGGACGCGGUCGAGGGAGUUCAAGCGGAGCAGUCGGUGAAAACAAACCAGACUCGAAGGAAAAUAAACCUCAAUUAAAAAUGUCGAAAGCACUAGGUACAUCUGCGAAAAGGAUCCAAAAGGAGCUCGCUGAGAUCACUCUGGAUCCUCCACCGAAUUGUAGCGCUGGACCAAAAGGCGACAAUUUGUAUGAGUGGGUUUCAACAAUUCUCGGCCCUCCAGGGUCAGUUUAUGAAGGUGGAGUCUUCUUUCUUGACAUUCACUUCUCCGCAGAAUACCCUUUCAAACCUCCCAAGGUAACAUUCCGAACUAGGAUAUAUCACUGUAAUAUCAACAGUCAGGGUGUUAUCUGUUUAGAUAUUCUCAAAGACAACUGGUCACCAGCUCUGACAAUCUCAAAAGUACUUCUAUCCAUAUGCUCACUGUUGACUGAUUGUAAUCCAGCUGAUCCGUUAGUCGGAAGUAUCGCAACACAGUAUCUCCAGAACAGGGAGGAACACGAUCGCAUCGCGCGCCUCUGGACCAAGCGUUACGCGACAUGAUUGCUCUCCGAACAACUAUCAUACUCAAUACCAUUCUGUUUUAACUCCAUCCCGAUCACGUUAAUAUAAGCUAACAUUAUCCACGUAAGUAUGCACUCUUGUCAAUUAUAAUAUAUAAAAAAAGUAUUUCAACCAACAUUGUUUCCGAAUAAAGUAAAAUAUGUUGGUUCAAAAAAAUAUAUCUUGAAAAAAGUGCAUACUUCAUAUGUGGCUUGUCAAUAUUUAGUUGCAAUUUUAUUAAUGUGAAUUUUUAACGCUUCGACACGGUACGACUGUUUUAUUAGGCGACGAGUUUUUUAGUUAUAUAUUUAAUUUUUUUUUCUGUUGAUGUUUGUCGCUGUAUAGUAAUACCGCGAUAGGUUUAAAAUAUAUAACUACACUACGUAGGGUAAAAGUGAUUGGGUCAGUUUUGCCACGGAUAUGUGUCGAUCUCAAACACUUGAAUUGUACUACUUAAGCAUAUUUCUCGAUUGUUUCCAAGGGAAUAAAUAGGAUGCGUCUAUUGCAGGGUGUACAAUUGCUUUUGUAAUUGGUUGGUAUAGAGAUAUGUGAUUAUGAUGGUUAAUUAUAAGAUUAAGUAAACUACUCAACUGCCAAUGAAAUGUCUCCAAUUUGUAACGAUCAAUCACUUUGUCAGUACAUAAUAAACUAUAAAAUAGUUACUAAGCCUAUGUGAAAGUACAUAAUGCGGUGUAUUUCAUUCAUACUCCCGUGUUUGCAAAUAUUUGUCCAUCAUUUCGUGUCACAGCUUGUCUUUAGUUUUUAAUCCUUAAAAGUGUUAAAACUUCAAUGGCAACAGUUUAUAUAAAUUCAUUUAAUUACGUAUAUUUCUAUACAUGUGUAAAAAUAACUGUCUCUGUAUAUAAAAUUAUUUUAAAAUGUUUAGCUGAGCUAAUAUAAAACAAAAAGAAAAAUUACAGGAAAUCUAAAUUUGGGUAUAGCCUGUGACAACGUAAUCUGAAAGAGUUGAAGGUAUUUGCUAUGUUGAUAUAAUUUUAAAGUCUCAAUUGUGACCAAUGUGACCGAAUUUGCUGGCAUUUAUCAUUUCUAAAGCUUAUCUUACUCUUAUAAUGCAUUUUAAUAGAAUUACAUGUACAAAAUCAUUUUUUUUUAAGUAAAAAUUACAAUAAGACUUCUAGUUUUCUCUAUAAAUAUUACUAACUCUUGGAGUGAUCUCUUUAAUAAAGACCAUUUGAUUGAGACUAUGUUGAUGUUUAUUUUUUUUUUAAAUCAGAGAAUAUUAAUUGCAGUGGAAUAAAACUUUGUCUUAAUUAACUAAAAUAAUAAAUUUUGAAGAUCAAAACACGCUCUCGUAAAAUGUAUCUAGUCCUCAUUCUAAAAUCUACUUAUGAAUUAAGGAAUACACACUACUGACAUUCAACUUUUUUUCAGAUUUCCGCAUACUAACUCUCGAUAUUUCAUUUGUAUACAUAUGUUGCAUUUUGUGAUUUAGUUAAAAAGUUUGUACCAAUUUGGUCCAUUAUUUAGAUAGUAAAAUUAUAAAACUUUUGAAAAUGAACGAAUUUUAAUUGUUUUAUUUUAGGAGUGCAAUUAUUGUUCAGGUCUUUAUGUAUUGUAUAAUAAAUGAUAUGUAUUUAUAACAAUGCAAUUUUAUAUGUAUGUGAACUAUUUUAUAUACUUUAGAUUUUCAUCAAGCAUAGAAUAGUAUCUUUAAAACCUAUUUAUUUAAUGAAGAGCUUGUUAAUCGAUAUGUCGCCAACAAACCAUUCUUUUCAAUUUCUAACGUUUUUUUUUUAUCAGUGACUCGACAAUAUUCCUGAAUUCAUCAGUGAUAUGUGAUGACGUAUGUUUUUUAUGAAAUCGACAUAUCAAAGUGAGUUGAAUAUCUUUUCACAAUGCUCUCGAUUACAACGAGCCUGGCGUGUUCCAACGUGUAACCGCACUGAACGUGCCAAAACCUCAAGGCGUUUUUGCUUCCACACUGUUUGUAUAACUCGUCUUUCUAAAAUAUUCCGUUUAGUGUUUAAACAACAGUUAUUAGAAGUAAGUUAUUUUAUUGUUUAGGUAAUGUAUGUCUUAACCCUAGUUUUAAAGUAUAAAGAAACUUAGCCGUGUAAUUUUUAGCAAAGUGUAUGUCGCGUGUAUAUGAAUGUUUUGGUGAUACCGUUGUGAAAAAAGUUAUUAAAAAUAAUAAUAAUUAGAAUUUAAUUUAAUUUCGUCGAAGUGAAACUGGUGCUGUGAGAUUCAAAUGCUUGCGACAUACAAUAUUGAGAGAUGAAUACCGCAUCUGUAUUCGUGACUGGAUAUAUUUUGUCAAUGUGAUUUUUAAAUUAUUUUAUACUGUGACUUCUGAAAUGUGUUGCUUGCAAGACAACAGCUGUACUCAACGCGACUGAUGUUCCUCGUAACUUAAUGUUCAUAAAUUGAACCCAUUAUAAUCAUCCUUUGUUAAAAUUUAUAUCAUGAUAUAAAAUAGGAAAAUAAAAAUGUGUGUAACUAGACACUUAA